AUGGUUGCCCCUACUAUCAAGCUUAGCAAUGGCUAUGAGAUGCCCAUUGUGGGUUUCGGCCUCUGGAAGGUCAACAACGACACUUGUGCCGACCAGAUCUACAAUGCCAUUAAGGCUGGCUAUCGUCUCUUCGAUGGUGCCUGCGGUACAUUCACCCUCCCCCAAAUCAAGCCCUGUCUGAAACUAACACCGCAAAUCCCAGACUAUGGCAAUGAAGUCGAAGCCGGCCAGGGUGUAGCUCGUGCCAUUAAGGACGGUCUCGUCAAGCGUGAGGAGCUUUUCAUCGUGUCCAAGCUCUGGAACAGCUUCCACGAGGCUGACAAGGUCGAGCCCAUCGCCCGCAAGCAGCUCGCCGACUGGGGCGUUGACUACUUUGAUCUAUACAUCGUGCACUUCCCCAUUGCCCUGAAGUACCUUGACCCCUCCGUGCGCUACCCUCCCAGCUGGACCACCGCCGAGGGCAAGAUCGAAUUCGCCAACGCACCCAUCCACGAGACCUGGGGCGCAAUGGAAACCCUUGUUGAUAAGAAGCUGGCUCGCAGCAUUGGUGUCAGCAACUUCAGUGCCCAGCUGCUGAUGGAUCUGCUCCGCUACGCCCGUAUCCGGCCCGCCACCCUCCAGAUCGAGCACCACCCCUACCUCACCCAGACCCGUCUUGUUGACUACGCCCAGAAGGAGGGUAUCGCUGUUACUGCUUACUCUUCUUUUGGUCCCCUGAGUUUCAUUGAGCUUGACCUUAAGCACGCUAAGGAUACUCCCUUGCUCUUCGAGCAUGCUACGAUCACCGCCAUUGCUGAAAAGCACGGCCGUACUCCUGCUCAGAUCCUGCUGCGCUGGUCUACUCAGCGCAACAUUGCUGUUAUUCCUAAGAGCAAUGACCCUACCCGUCUUGCGCAGAACUUGACUGUCACUGAUUUCGACCUUGAGGCCAGUGAGCUCGAGGCUAUCAGUGCUCUGGACAAGGGUCUUCGUUUCAACGACCCUGUUGCUACUGAAAACCCUGAGAAAUCCCGUGUCCGCCGUGUCCGGAGACUACGUGAUAUUCCGCCAAGACGUGCCGAUCUCGACGAUCCGCCAAUUUUCUCCGACGUCUCCAUCAGCUUCCAACUUCCCAGCAACACAAUUCUCACAAUGGUGUCCCCUAGUCUAGCGCGCCUCACCGGGCAGGUUCAUAUAACCGGAUUUCCUAUGCCAAAGAACCUAUCCGAAAGCAAGCUGAUACUGGCCGCGCUCCAGAAAUUUGGAGAAGUUACAACAUACCGCAACCUCAAGUACGACACAACAAACACCUCACCAAACCCGAACCGCCCCAUCGUCGCCAUCUUCGAGACAGCCGACGCAGCAGAACGCGCGAUAGCAGCAUCGCCUAUAACCAUUCCCUUACCGACAUCCCCUCUCAGCUCGAUCUCUAAACCUCACACUUCAAUCCAUACUCCCUCCACAUCUACCAACCAACCGUCAAAUUAUCCGCGCUCACUGACCUUCGAAAUCCAACACUCGCGCCACAACCACGCCUCCGCCCUCAAACGCAGCCCCUUCUACUCCACCUACAACCUCUUCAAAAACAACCCUAUCUACGAAGAUCUGAUCAGUGAAGAGACCGGUAUCCCGCUCAAAGAACUGGCUGAUACACUCUCGAGCAAAAAGUAUCCUAUUGGUGCUGGAGUCAAGUUCAAUAUCCAAGAGGAGAAUCGGCGCAUGGGCGCUACGAGUUUGGUGAAUAUGUGGAAGGAGGGGAUGGGUAUGGAGAUUGAGGGUGAGUUUGAGGGGCAGGAUUCUGGUGAGAGUGCUGGGAUUGAACAUGUCGGUGGCAUUAGGGAGCCUGGGGAGGGAUUAGAGGGCGAGAAGCAAAGUUCGGUCCAAGUUCCCUCGGCUCCUUAUAGAAUGCCGCUUGAUCGUUAA